AUGGAGAUCGAGCAUCUUCGGGAGCGAAACCGCUUGAUCCAAUCCUUCGAAGCAACGGAUCACCAGAGAAGGACUCACCCGCCAUCACGUACCAACGCCACCGUGGACAAGGGUUGCGACGAACGGUGCCACUGCGAGGAGGACGGCAAAUGGCGCUGCGAGGCCCGUUGCGGCCGGCCAUUCGUGAAACGCGGCAAAACGGCUCUGGCAGCCGGUUGCUACGAGAAUCCCUCCAAAACGGACGAGUGCUGUGCCACGCUAAUCUGCCCUUCAGAGCGGUUCACCGAUGGACGUGUCGAACCGACGCCCGUCUCGGAGGAACCGACCACCGCCAAGGCGAUCGUGACGAGCUGCAUCUACAAGAACCGCUCGUACGACAUCAACGAACGGAUGGAGAUCGGUUGCGAGCAGAUCUGUACCUGCAACAGCGAUGGUGAGAUGGAGUGUGCUCCACGCUGUGCUCCACUUAACUCGACCCGCCCAGAACAGUGCGUCGUCCUGCCUGACCCACACGAUCCUUGCUGUAAGCGCGAGUUCUGCGAUGUCACGCUGGACGACCACGAGCAGAGCAGCGGUGUGAUGAUGAUGAUGGCACCGGCUUCAUCUUCAUCGUCACCUUCGACGACGGUGGUGCCGGAACGGGAUGGAAAAACACCCGGACCGGAAGCUGACCACCGGUCCACCGGAUGUGAGUUCAAAGGCCGCACGUACCAGCUGAAUGAUCAGUUCCACGACGAGUGCAACGCGCUGUGUCUGUGUACGGAGGCUGGUGUGCACUGUGCCAAGAUCGAGUGCCCGUCUGAGUUUGGGUUGGACGUGCUGGAUCCGCACUGCCUCAAGUGGGGUCCGGAUCCGGCCACAUUCCGUGCGAUCGCACCCCGCUGUUGCCCGGAGCGGAUGCGUUGCAUCGACAAUGGGACGUGCGAGUAUAAGGGUCAGUUCUUCGAUAACUGGUCGGAUAUACCGAGCAAUUUGACGGGUUGCGAGCAGCACUGUUACUGUGAUACCGGCAUCGUCGAAUGUCGACCGGCGUGUCCUGCCGUGCCAGCGACGCCACCUUCUCAUCUACCGUGUAGCCCACGGAACGCCCGGUUGAUGCCGAUUCCGGGUGAAGAAUGCUGCCAGCACUGGACUUGCAGUGUCAACACCGAUAACGGUCUGGCCAGCGGCAGCGACGUGUUGAAGCCGCUGCUUAUGCCGGGCACGAUCGGGCAAUUCCUGCCAACGAAACCGCCUCGCACGGACGCGAAACCCCCACCGGACGCGCCCGGGAAGGAACCGACGCCCUUCUACCCGACGGUGGACGGAAAACCACCGAAGGUACCGCAGGACAAACCCCACAAAAAGUACACCAAGGAGGACGCCGGUAAGAAGGAUCACUUCAACAACAUCUUCGGUGGCGCCCAACCUGAGGAGCCCGAGCUGGACGAUGGCAAGUACGAUUACGGCAGCUACGAGGACGCGAUGAAACCGGCCACGCUCGGUGUGCAACGUCCCGGUCCGCCCGGGUACUAUGGGCCGGAAAUCAAGCCCCACUACGGUGCUGAUUUUCACCUGUAUCUGCACCCGGCUUCGGCAGGCGUCCAACCGGCCGGACAACCCGUUCCGACGGCACCCGGUCAGCCGGGACUACAUCCUGGCCAGCAUCAGGCGAGUGCGCUCGAUAAGCAGCUGUUGAACGUGCUGGGACCAAACGGACCGGGUAGUUUACCGCCCAACAUCCGCAUCGAGCAGCUGCUGCAGCACAUCCACGGACAGGAUCCGAAUCUGCCACCGCAAGGACCUCCAUUGUUGCAUGGCCAGAGCCUCCCGAAUGGGCCGCCCUUUGGGCCGGUUGGAUCGCAACCAUCGACGGGCAACGGCAUCAACUACAACCAGUACGGUGCCGGCACACCCGCUGGUGGGCUAGCGUUCUCCGGACUGCAAGUCGACCUGAAAGUGCUCGCCCUGGACGCGAUCGAUGCGAACACUGUGCGUGUCAUUUUCCUCGUGCCGCAGGUGUACGUGGGACUGCAUGGUCGCGUUGAGCUGCGAUACACGCGCACUCGCAACAACGACACCGCCACAUGGCAAUCGCAGGUGUUCGCACCACCGGACGAUCUGAUCGCGACACCACAGCUCGAGUUCGAGCUGCCAGGACUGAACGCCAACACGGAGUAUCGCGUGAAGAUCACGCUUAUCCUGCGAGACGUCAACUCGCAACCGUCUAGUCAGAUCUACACCGUCCGUACGCCCUCGGAUCGCGUGAUCACGCCACCACCCGCGAUCGGUUCCGGACACUUCCCGCACAUGAGCCACCCAACGAACUUUCUCAAGGAGAUCAUCCAGGAUCCGGAGCUGCGAGCUGCCGAGGUGAACGCGACUUGGGCGAAGAUCGCAUGGCGCAAGCUGGAUGAUGAGGAGCUCGAUUACGUGGACGGUAUACAGCUACGGUACCGUGAGAUCGACAGUGUCGUGUACCAUGCGACCCCACUCAUCCACCGGGCGUUGAGUGAAUACACCGUGGAGGGUUUGCAGCCACAAACGCGUUACGAGGUGGGCAUUUUCUUCAUACCGUUUCCGGGUCACGGUGAAGAGGUGCGGGCUGGUGACAUGCUACCGAUCACCACCGCCGAGCGGAUCGACGUGUACGGAUUCGAGGUGGUGGUGAACGCCAGCAAGAUCAAAGCCACCAGCGUCGAGGUGAGCUGGUUGGGUGUGCCCUACCCUGAGGACAAGUACAUCAAAGGACCGAGCUUUCUAUGGGCAAUUUUGCUUGUCUCGCUAGAUCGACAUGAAAAAUUCCUUAUCGACUUUAUAUCGGAACGAGACACGAUAGAGAUUGAGACGCGCAUAUCGAAAUUCGAUCAACUGUCGGCUGAUUUGGAAAAAAUUCAGUGCCAGUUAGAAGAUUCGGCAACCACCGAGGAAGAGGCUCUACACAACGCUGCUUUACGCGAUGAUUUUGAGCCACGUCUCAUACGCGUUCACUCGCAGUUAAAGGCUAAAAGGAUGGAAGCUCCUCGAAACAUCAACGCAGCACAAAGCUUUGGCACUAGCCCGCUGGUUGGCAUCAAACUCCCCACCAUCGCGCUUCCCGAAUUCGAUGACGAUCACACGGCAAAUACACAAAGACACUACGUAGCAGCACACGCAAGCAAGCACACCUAUGAUAACGUGUUUCUGCAAACUGCCGUGGUACACAUUCUUGAUGCACAUGGCAUCAUGCAUCCAGCACGAGCGCUAUUGGAUAGUGCCUCUCAGCCUGACCUGAUGAGCACCCGGCUCGCUCAUCGACUAGGUCUAAAACAAAACCCGAUCAACAUCACACUUAUCGGUGCGGGUCAGUCUUCCACAUCGGUGAAGAAAUCGGUGCAGGCGAAAAUCUCCUCUCGAACGAACCCGUACGAACUGAAUGCUGACUUUUUGAUCGUGGACAAAUUGAUCGGUAAUUUGCCAGCACAUGACGUGCAUAUGGACAAAUGGCAACUACCGUCUAAUUUUAUGCUUGCCGACCCCCAAUUUAGUAAGUCGGCACCGCUCGAUCUUAUCCUCGGUGCCCGGCAUUACCACACGUUUUUCCAAAGCGGGGCGCAAUAUAAAAUCUCGUCGAGCCUUCCUGUCCUCAUCGAAAGUGUAUUUGGGUGGAUAGUGAGCGGCUCCGCAUCCUCCUCGAAUAGCAAUCCUGAAAUAUGUAACGCGUCUUCCGUCAUUUGCAUGAGCACGCUUGAAGAAUCACUCGAGCGAUUCUGGAAAGUGGAAGAGUUACAUGGUAGAGAUGGUUACUCAACUGAAGAACGGUACUGUGAAAAACUAUACCGUGAAACAACGCAACGAGACGAUACUGGUCGUUAUAUUGUCCGCUUACCAAAGCAGCCUGAUUUUGAAGAGAAACUGGGAUUGUCCAAAGCAUCAGAUCUACGGCGUUUCACAAUGCUUGAAAAACGACUAGAACGCAAUCCUGAUGUGAAAACAGCAUAUCAUGACUUCAUGCGCGAGUAUUUGGACUUAGGUCACAUGACGCCAAUUAAUGUUCCCAGCGAUCACGAAUCAGGAUACUAUCUGCCACACCACCCUGUAUUCAAGGCGUCUAGCUCUACAACGAAAACUAGAGUAGUAUUUGAUGGUUCCUCAAAAACAUCCACUGGAUACUCAAUCAACGAAAUCUUAUGUGUUGGCCCAACAGUUCAGGAUGAAUUGCUGGACAUCAUCCUUCAAUUUCGCACAUACAAGGUAGCCCUUGUAGGAGACAUCACUAAAAUGUAUCGCCAAAUACUGCUGCAUCCAGAUGACCGAAAAUAUGCCCGCAUUUGCUUCCGGUUCACUCCGCAUUCACCGAUCCAAUAUUAUGAACUGAACACUGUAACAUAUGGAUUAUCGCCAUCGUCUUUCCUUGCAACUCGAACCUUACUGCAGCUUGCAACCGAUGAAGGAACCGCAUAUCCUGUUGCAGCAACCGCGUUGAAACGAAAUUUCUACGUGGACGAUUUCAUCGGUGGUGCAGAUUCCGUCGAGGAUGCUCGUCGCCUACGAGUAGGACUAGGCGAAUUACUUCGCAAGGGCGGAUUUGAGCUACGAAAAUGGACGUCAAAUCGGUUAGAUGUGCUCAAAGGAUUAACCGCAGAUUAG